AUGGAACGUGUGAAACAUAUGUUUCAGAGAUAUGUGAACGAGGACUACAAUAAUCAUAACUACAACGAAAGACUUCUACGAGAUUUCCACUUCUACUUCUACUCCUACUACGAUUACUUCUACGACUACUUUUACUACGGCUACUACAACAAGUACUACUAUAACGACGACUACUACGACUACUUCUACUCCUACUACGAUUACUUCUACAACUACUUUUACUACGAUUACUACAAUAAAUACUACUACAACGACGACUACUACGACUACUUCUACUCCUACUACGAUUACUUCAACGACUACUUUUACGACGGCUACUAUAACAAGUACUACUACGAAAACGACGACUGCUACGAUUACUACGAUUACUUCUACGACUACUUUUACUACGGCUACUACAAUAACAACUACUACGGCAACGACGACUGCUAUGACUACUUCUACUACCACUACGAUUACUACCAAGACUACUUUUACGACGGCUACUAUAACAAGUACUACUACGACAACGACGACUACUAUGACUACUUCUACUCCUACUACGAUUACUUCCACGACUACUUUUACGACGGCUACUAUAACAAGUACUACUACUACGACGACGACUGCUACGACUACUUCUACUACUACUACGAUUACUUCCACGACUACUUUUACGACGGCUACUAUAACAAGUACUACUACGACGACGACGACUGCUACGACUACUUCUACUACUACUACGAUUACUUCCACGACUAA